AUGAAUAACCCGACGUGGCGAUUUCAGUUGCCGUCGUCCUUGGAAUUAGAGUGCGAGGACGGGGCCUCCCCUGCUCCUCUGCCCCUCCAGGUUAAUAACAAGAGAAUACCUGGUAACAACUGUGGCACCUCGACCAACCCAGACCUUAGAUCCCGAUAUGGGGCGAGGUCUCUAAACCAACUUGGUAAGAAGGAAAUGCCCGGACAAACUCCCUGGAUCCGACCGACGACGUUCUGCUGUCGGACGCCAAGGUGGGUUUCAAGAAAAUUAGAUGCAAACAAAGGCAUCUCGUACCCGCCGGACCUCCCACCCGGAUCGGAGGGAAAACCUCCCGACCAGAAUGAUGUAGUGGCAAGUCCCAGGUACCCCCGUUGCUCGGGCCGGCGGCGUUCUGCAGACCGACGCCGAUGGGGUGUUUUUUGA